AAUAUCUAACCCCUUUAUUUUCUUGCAAUGGGGUCAUUGGUUUGUAGCAAAAGCGGACCAACAUAUCUUUAUAUUCCUGGAGACUUUAUUCUGGGAGGACUUUUCGCCGUUCAUUUUACAAAGGACGAUGGAUGUGAUAUUAAAAUCGAUCCCCACAGUGGAAUUCAACUCUUGGAUGCCACGAUAUUGGCGCUGUCGGAAGUCAAUGUUUACUUAAAACAGAAAGGGAUAACCUUAGGCUUAAUAGCACAUGACACUUGCUACAAUAUUAACCCGUCCUUGGAAUUCUCUUUAGAAUUUGCUCAGCAAAGUUUCUACACAAAACAGGAGGAAACCAAAUACAAUAGCUGUACGACAGUGACAUCCAGGCGGGUGAUAGGAGUAAUAGGUCCAGCUACAAGUAGAGAGACUCAGUACGUGGCUAGUCUACUUGCCCUCUUCAAAAUACCACAGAUAAGUGGCACGGCUACUUCUUCAGUACUUAAUGAUCGACAAAAGUACAAGUAUUUCAAACGAACAGUACCAUCGGACACGUAUCAGGCCAAGGGGAUUGUUCAGCUUCUCAGAGCAAAUGGAUGGGUGUAUGUUAGCAUUCUCUACGAAGAUUCUAGCUAUGGAAAAUAUGGCUACCAUGAUAUUAAAAGGUUUGCACGACAAAACAAAAUAUGUAUUGGAUAUGAGAAGCAAACCUCGUCGGACAUGACUGAUUACGAGAUCACCGAAGUUUUAACAGAUCUUAGAUCAAGAAAGAAUGCAAAAGGAAAAAUAGUUGUAGUCCUGUUUAUGCUGAAUCAAAUUGCAUACAAAAUUAUCCGCAAAAUUCAUAACAUGCGCAUUGAAGACUUUAUCUGGAUCGUAAGUGACGGAUUAACUGGGCUUGAUCCCCCGGUUGGGCUAGAAAAUAUCAUGGACGGAGCUAUUGGAUUAACCCUCCAAACUUCUGAAUAUCCAGGAUAUGUACAAUACGUCAAUACAAAAACUACAGAAACAAAUCCUGAUCCAUGGUAUUCAGAAUUCUUACAUCAAUAUUACCCAAACUGCACAGCGGGAAACUGUGGGCGAAUUAAUAGCACUGGUAUCCCGUACAUCAUCAGCGUCCGGGAUGCUGUUUACGCAUUUGGCAAUGCCAUUCUAAACAUUCAUACAGCUAUGUGUCAGAAUGAAACUGGAGUAUGUGAAGAAAUCAAAGAAAAUUUAACAGGAGAUCUGUUGUUAGAAUACCUCGAGAAAAGCAAAAAUCCGUUUAACACUUCAUUCCAUUUCGUUGAUGGGGUUGAAGGACCGGCUAGAUACAGCAUCCUACAGUAUUCAAGGAAAGGAGACAACUUCAAAUGGACUGAAAUAGGAAAAUUUGUAGGAGAGGAAUUGACACUCGAUGCUGUCAAAUCACAGGUGGCCUGUUCUGUAGAAUGCCUUCCGGGCUACAUGAAAAGGAUAAUAGAUAUGUGUUGUUGGGACUGUACACCUUGUCCUCCAGGAUCCAUCACUAAUUCAUCAGACCCUUACAUCUGUACAGACUGCUCACACGGAUACACUCCAAAUGAAGACAAAAGCGAAUGUAUACACAUCCCAGUAUCUUACUUUUCAUACGGAAAUCCCUUUUCCAUUGCAAUUCUUGUAUUGUGUGUUUUGGGUUCGGUAAUAUGCAUUGUUGUUUCCGUUGUAUUUAUGCAAAGAAGAAAUACGCCUGUACUAAAAGCUACUGGUUUUGAAACCAGCAUGGUUAUGCUUGCUAGCAUUCUUAUGUCAUUCAUAUCCCCCUUUAUUUUACUGAAUUAUCCUUCUUCUUUCUCUUGUGCACUAUCUCGCUUACUUAUCGGUAUGAGUUAUACUAUGGCGUAUUCUUCCGUCCUUUCUAAGCUAAUUGUUUAUAAGAGAGCGUUCGAUGUGAGAUCUGGUAUCAAACAACAAGCAGCAAAAGGCCAUCACUUACCGAGACCUUACAUUUGCACCAUGAUGACGGCUUUGCUACUUUCUCUUGCACUAUCAGCUGUUCAGCUUCUUGCGAUAAUUUUCUGGUUGUUUAUAGAUACUCCAGAACAUACGAUAACGUACGAUCUUACGUCAUAUCCUCCCGCCGGUCACCGUACGUGUAAAGACUAUAACAACUUCAAUUAUUUCCUUCUUCUUUUCUGGCCCUUUCUCUUAAUGAUUGCAUGCCUUGUCCUCGCCAUUAAAACAAGAAAACUCCCUGACGGUAUGAACGAUUCACGUGAAAUCAUGUAUUGCUCUUUCACUUCUUUUGUCAUCUGGUUAGCAUUUGUACCUCUAUAUGCUUUCUCAGCAACUAACGCUGCACGAGUUAUCUCCCUUUGUGUUUCAUUGUUCAUUCAUGCCACCGUUUUCCUCGGUUGUCUUUAUUUAACAAAGAUCUACAUCGCGGUCUUCAGACCAGAGAAAAACAACAAAGAACGCGUAAUGAGAAGCACUGCUAACAGCCCUAGCAAGACACAAAACACGUAUAGCGGUACCCAUGAUAGCAAUGGUCUACAGAAGAGAAAAACAGAAGAUUCUCAUUCUUACAAUUUCACGAUAGAGGUAUCUCAUAAUGAUGAGUUGGAAAAUGGACAAGGCGUCAUUUUCUCAACAAAUAAAAUGUGUUCGUCGAAUUUAAAAAACGAUAUAUUGGAUGCAGUAAAUGAAAUUGAUGACGUUGUCAAAUUUAGCGAAAACCCACUGUACAACUCUAAUGCCUAGAGUUCUGUAUUGGUGAAGAGUUCCAACUCUCUUCACCCAACGUGUCAUCCAUCAGAGUCAUUCAAAGACAAAAAGAGGAGUUAUUUGAGACUUUAAAUAGGAUGCAGAAUUUAAUAAGAUAAGAGAAAUAUCUUUGUCCAUUUUGAUCUAUAGAGAUUAGAGAAAUGCAUAUUGUACCUUCUGUAAACAUUUUCAGAAAAAAAAUAUUAAGAGAAGAGAUAAGUAAUACUUUAUGAAAAACAAUCUAACUGGAUUAUAAGGACUAUAUAUUGUAAUCAAUUAUCGCUCAUAUUUCAUAUUCUGUUGCAAGCAAACCCUCUGUGUUUAAAUAAAUUCUCUAGAA